GCUCCGACCCCGCGCUCCGGUGCUUGGGCCGCGGGCUCCGCCAUGGGGCCGGCCUGGGGACUCUGCCUCCUGCUCCUGGCGCACGUGCGCGCCUCCAACCGCAUCCCCGAGCCCGGCGCGGACGGCAGCGUGUUCGACGUGCUGGAGCUGGCGGGGGCCGCGCGCCGGGGCUCCGGGCGGCGGCUGGUGAAGGGCCCCGACCCGUCCAGCCCGGCUUUCCGCAUCGAGAACGCCGACCUGAUCCCCCCGAUGCCCGACGACAAGUUCCAAGACCUGGUGGACGCCGUGCGGGCCGAGAAGGGCUUCCUGCUGCUGGCCUCGCUGCGGCAGAUGAAGAAGACGCGCGGCGCGCUGCUGGCCGUGGAGCGCAAGGACCUGGCGGGGCCCGUGUUCUCCGUGGUCUCCAACGGCAGGGCGGGCACCCUGGACCUCGGCCUGCACGCGCAGGGCAAGCGGCAGGUGGUGUCGGUGGACGAGGCCUUGCUGGCCACCGGCCAGUGGAAGACCAUCACCCUGUUCGUGCAGGAAGACAGGGCCCAGCUCUACGUCGACUGCGAGAAGAUGGAGAGCGUGGAGCUGGACGUCCCCAUCCAGAGCAUCUUCACCCGGGACCUGGCCCGCGUCGCCAGGCUCCGAGUCGCCAAGGGACACGACAACGACAAUUUCCAGGGGGUGCUGCAGAAUGUGAGGUUUGUCUUCGGAACCACCCCGGAAGAUGUCCUCAGGAACAAAGGCUGCUCUAGCUCAGCUGCCAAUGUCCGGCUCACCCUGGACAACAACAUGGUGAACGGGUCCAGCCCCGCCAUCCGCACCAACUACAUCGGCCACAAGACGAAGGACCCGCAAGCCGUCUGCGGCAUCUCGUGCGAGGAGCUGUCGGGCAUGGCCCUGGAGCUGCGGGGCCUGCGCACCAUCGUGGCCACCCUACAGGACAGCAUCCGCAAAGUGACGGAAGAGAACAAAGAGCUGGCCAACGAGCUGAGGCGGCCCCACUUCUGCUACCACAAUGGAGUCCAGUACAGGAACAACGAGGAGUGGACGGUGGACGGCUGUACUGAGUGCCACUGCCAGAAUUCGGUUACCAUCUGCAAGAAAGUGUCCUGCCCCAUCAUGCCUUGCUCCAACGCCACAGUUCCUGACGGGGAGUGCUGCCCGCGGUGUUGGCCCAGCGACUCCGCGGAGGACGGCUGGUCCCCGUGGUCCGAGUGGACGUCCUGCUCGGCGACGUGCGGCAACGGCAUCCAGCAGCGCGGCCGCUCCUGCGACAGCCUCAACAACCGCUGCGAGGGCUCCUCCGUGCAGACGCGAACCUGCCACCUCCAGGAGUGCGACAAGCGAUUCAAGCAGGAUGGCGGCUGGAGCCACUGGUCCCCCUGGUCCUCUUGUUCUGUGACCUGCGGCGAUGGCGUCAUCACGAGGAUCCGUCUCUGCAACUCCCCCAGCCCCCAGAUGAACGGGAAGCCGUGCGAGGGUGACGCUCGGGAGACCACAGUGUGCAGGAAAGACGCCUGUCCCAUCAAUGGAGGCUGGGGUCCCUGGUCACCAUGGGACAUCUGCUCUGUUACCUGUGGAGGCGGGGUCCAGAAACGUAGCCGGCUUUGCAACAACCCCACACCCCAGUUCGGAGGCAAAGACUGCAUUGGCGAUGAGACUGAAAACCAAGUGUGCAGCAAGCAGGACUGUCCAAUCGACGGCUGUCUGUCCAACCCUUGCUUUGCCGGUGCCCGGUGCACCAGCUAUCCCGACGGCAGCUGGAAGUGCGGCGCCUGCCCGGCGGGCUACCGUGGGAAUGGCGUCCAGUGCCGCGACGUGGACGAGUGUCAAGAAGUGCCCGACGCCUGCUUCAGCCACAACGGGGAGCACCGGUGCGAGAACACGGACCCCGGCUACAACUGCCUGCCCUGCCCGCCGCGCUUCACCGGCUCUCAGCCGUUCGGCAGGGGCGUGGAGCACGCCAUGGCCAACAAACAGGUGUGCAGUCCCCGCAACCCCUGCAAGGACGGGACACACGACUGCAACCGGAACGCCAACUGCAACUACCUGGGCCACUACAGCGAGCCCAUGUACCGCUGCGAGUGCAAGCCGGGCUACGCCGGCAACGGCGUCAUCUGCGGCGAGGACACCGACCUCGACGGCUGGCCCAACGAGGACCUGGUGUGCGUGGCCAACGCCACCUACCACUGCAAAAAGGACAAUUGCCCCAACCUUCCCAACUCGGGGCAGGAGGACUACGACAAGGAUGGGCUGGGCGACGCCUGUGAUGAUGACGAUGACAACGAUAAGAUUCCGGAUGACAGGGACAACUGUCCAUUCCACUACAACCCUGCCCAGUACGACUACGACCGAGACGACGUGGGAGAUCGCUGCGACAACUGCCCCUACAACCACAACCCCGACCAGGCGGACACCGACAACAACGGGGAGGGAGACGCGUGCGCGGCCGACAUCGACGGGGAUGGUAUCCUCAAUGAACGAGACAACUGCCAGUACGUGUACAAUGUGGACCAGAGGGACACGGACAUGGACGGGGUUGGGGACCAGUGUGACAACUGCCCCCUGGAGCACAACCCAGACCAGCUGGACUCUGACUCGGACCGCAUUGGGGACACGUGUGACAACAAUCAGGACAUUGAUGAAGACGGACACCAGAACAACCUAGACAACUGUCCUUACGUGCCCAACGCCAACCAGGCCGACCACGACAAGGACGGCAAGGGAGAUGCUUGCGACCAUGACGACGACAAUGACGGCAUUCCCGAUGACAGGGACAACUGCAGGCUGGUGCCCAAUCCCGACCAGAAGGACUCUGACGGUGAUGGUCGAGGCGAUGCAUGCAAAGAUGACUUUGACCAUGACAGCGUGCCAGACAUCGAUGACAUCUGUCCUGAGAAUGUUGACAUCAGUGAGACCGACUUCCGCCGGUUCCAGAUGAUUCCUCUGGAUCCGAAAGGGACGUCCCAGAACGACCCUAACUGGGUGGUGCGCCAUCAGGGCAAAGAGCUGGUCCAGACGGUCAACUGUGAUCCGGGCCUUGCUGUGGGUUACGAUGAGUUCAACGCUGUGGACUUCAGUGGCACCUUCUUCAUCAACACCGAGAGGGACGAUGACUACGCCGGGUUUGUGUUUGGCUACCAGUCCAGCAGCCGCUUCUACGUGGUGAUGUGGAAGCAAGUCACCCAGUCCUACUGGGACACCAACCCCACCAGGGCUCAGGGAUACUCCGGCCUGUCCGUCAAAGUCGUCAACUCCACCACGGGCCCUGGGGAGCACCUGCGGAACGCCCUGUGGCACACAGGAAACACCCCUGGCCAGGUGCGCACCCUGUGGCAUGACCCUCGUCACAUAGGCUGGAAAGAUUUCACCGCCUACAGAUGGCGUCUCAGCCACCGGCCAAAGACAGGCUUCAUUAGAGUGGUAAUGUACGAGGGGAAGAAGAUCAUGGCUGAUUCUGGCCCCAUCUAUGACAAAACCUAUGCUGGCGGCAGGCUAGGACUGUUUGUCUUCUCUCAAGAAAUGGUGUUCUUCUCCGAUCUGAAAUACGAAUGUAGAGAUUCCUAAUUGUCACCUGCUGAUCGGAGUCCUGAUCACCCCCCAAGGCUGGCACUGCACCUUCCGGAAGCCAGGACCUGCGGAGUCCCCAGGUCACAGCUCCUCGCCUCCCUUUCUUCUCUGCUUGCAUCCACGGGGACCCCAAAGCAGGGAGCCUGCCUCAAGAAAACGCAAACCCGGGCCGAGCCUUCAGCCUCUUAGAAAUGAGAAGGCCUCUUCCAAGCACAUAAACAAUCACAAAAGCAUCUCUUCUCUCUCCAUCAGAAAGGCGCCUUCUCCACUCUGCCCACGUCUCAGAGCGGGGUGCUCCCGAGAGGCCAGCUCUGAGCAGCAGACCCGGGCAUGCCCAUGCACCUCGGAAGCGAGGCCUCAUCAGAAUUAGCAAACAGACUUGCCCCUGGCCCUGACAUCUGCCCUCAGGAACAGUGGGCAGGGCCAAAGCACUAAGGGAAGGAUUGUAGCAAGAAAACAUGGAGGACCUGUUACUUGUUCGGUACUAAGUCACUUGGGGGAGACUGAAAGACUGGAUUUUAUGAUGCUGACUAGUGUUAGCUGAUUAACCCAUGCAAAGAGGCUGGUAGACAGAAGCAAGGAAGGGAGGGAAAGACUGGCUUCAGAACUUCCUCCUGAGUCCCCAUCCUUACCCAUGGCCUAUAGGGGCCAGAUUAUUAUUAUCAGAAGUACAGUGCGGUGCGGGGGCUGUUCAGUGCUUGGUCACGCUGAAAUUGUUGUACCUUGCAGAUGUAGCAGGAAAACCUAUUCCUGCUCAGUGGGCUCCAGCUGCCUCCAAGAGGGGCAACACGCUCAUGUUUCUAUGGUUAGAAAGGCACAAAGUUAGCAUCAACCUAACUAAAACAUUCCUUUUCUUUUCUCCUCCAUUACCCUAGAGUUCCCGAUUCUCUUCUGGACUAUAGUGUAUGUGCGUGUGGUGUUUGGUGGUUGUUGUUUUUUUUUUCCCUUUGGGGUGGGGAGGGCGGGGGGUAACUUUUUCCUUCUUGUUUUUUAACAAACACUUCAACAGUAUGAAAUAUUUAUUUUUUCCCUAUUCUGGAGGAUGUCUGGAGAAUAUUCAUGGAACAGGAACGAGUGUGAGGACUGCCCGUAUUGCCUUGGUUAUGAGUCUUCAUGACUGUAAGAUUGUAAAUACAGAUUAUUUAUUAACUCUGUUCUACCUGGAAUUAGAGUUCAUAUGGGAAAUGUGUGUGAGCAGGUACCUGGGUGGGACCACCCAGGUCUCUUCAACACCACCACCUGGAAAACCAGCUCCACCUCGGGCUGAGAGUGACCUGGUUCUGCCCCCUUUGUUGUCUUUUCCAGUGGAAUGCAUUGGUUGUCUGGAAGAGGCUCAGAUUGCUAAGAAAGCCAUGACAUCUUUAGUAGUAUUUUGCCCCAUUCCUCACUCGUAGUUCCAGGAAGAAGAAAUGCAUAUAGACCUGGUUGUUGUUUUGUUGUUGUUGUUUUGUUUUACUUCAUUUUUCCAAAAGAGAAAAGAUGACAAAGGUGAAACUUAUAUACAAAUAUUACCUCAUUAGUUGUGUGACUGAGUAAAGACUUUCUGGAUCAAGUAGAAAGAGUUUUAAGUGUCUUAAAGAGACUGAAAGCUACUGUAGUAACUCAAAAGGCAAUGCUGUACAUAGUAUGAAAAUUUCUCUGCAGAAGAGUAUUCCCAGGAAAAAGCAUUGAAAUGUUAAAUACCAUUUCUGAAAGUUUUUUUUUUCCUUUCUAUCAUCUUGUAUACUGUAGCUUGACUUUCAUAAAUUAUUUUCUCAUUGCUAUUGGGAUAGAUUUCAGAUUGUGUAGAUAUGCUAUUUAAAUAAUUUAUCAGGAAAUACUGCCUGUACAGUUAGUAUUUCUAUUUUUAUAUGUUUGCACACUGAAUUGAAGAAUCGUUAGGUUUUCUCCUUUUUUGUGUGUUUUGUUAUGACUUUUUUUUGCUUUUUACUCCCUGAUUUUUACUACUUGUUGAUACCUUUUUGUAGGAAUGUGCUUUUUUUCUACACAUUUUUAUCCAUUUUGCAUUCUAAAGCAGUGUAACUUGUAUAUUACUGUUUCUUAUGUACAAGGAACAACAAUAAAUCAUAUGGGAAUUUAUAUUUAUA